UGGUAUAAAAGCCAACCCUCCGGGGCGAUAUCGUUCAAAGCACAGCCAGCGAUCGGCCAGGCAGCAAGCACACUAGAGCGCCAAGUAGCUUUAAAGCAAUAUAAAUACCUAUAUAUCAGCAAAAAGCACCGCGAUUGACGAGGCACGCGUAUAAGGGAGUCCCCCAAACAGUCCACACAUAAACACGUCAUUCGUUAAAAAUUUGACGGCCAGCAACACCAUACCACUUGGAUAUAUACACUAACUAUACACACAGUAAAAUAGAUGAAGCAACCAGCCAUAAAAUCAAUAAAUCGAAAACUGUCUCUACGGAAUAGUGACUAAAUUUGGCGAUCGGUGAUUUUUUUAGCGUCUUGUGAUUAACAGCGGAAAGAUACUGAUUUUAACGCACACAUACACAUACACCCACACUUACAUACAUACACACACACAUACAUCAUGGGUGUGCGAGUAAUUGAAGCUGAUUCGGCGAGCGAUUCGUAUGAUGAUGAGGAGUGUUCGACGUGCAAAACAAAUCACAAGAGUAAAACAAGCAAUGCCAAGCGCAGCACAACGGAGCCAACUAAUCUCCAUUUUGGCAGCAAGGAUCUGGUCGGUAAUUGCAAGGAAUAUCGCAUAGAGAACAACUCCCGCGAUCUGCGCAUCAUUGGCAAUGGGAAUCGUGUGCGCAUUGUCAACAACUCGGGCAGCCUGCACAUCAUUGGCAACUCGACCAGACUGAAGAUACAGCACAAUAGUGGCUACAUCAAGUACACGGGCAAUGAUGGACGCAUCUAUCUGGGCAGCGACUCCCAGCAACAGAAUGUCGACUACAUCGGCUGCAACGGCCUACUGAAGGUGGUCAAAUCGUUGCAGCUGCAUAGCAGCAAGUCCAGCAGCAAGCGCACCCGCUCACAGCAGGUGCCAAAGGAUACGGCACAGCCGAACAAGGCAGCGCCGCCUUCGUGCCUUGGCGUCGAGAUUGACAAUAAUCUGACAAUAGUCAACGGCGUGGCCGGCAACAUUGUGAUUAAGAAUGCGAUAAAUGUGAGCAUCUGAGCUCCGCCCACUCCUUUAUCUCACUCAGUCCAAAGUUUAAGCUUAGUAACUUGCCUGCUAGAUUAAGAUAAACGAUGGCCAGUACGAAUGGUUCCUAUUGUUAUAUAUAAGUAGGUCCCUAUGUGUAACCAUUAGCAUUAGCUAUCUGACUGCUUGACGCGAUUGUCAUCGGGCAUUGAAAAGUAUUAACCGUCACCUGAGAAGUGUGCGUAUGUUCACAAUACCUUCAUCUUAUAUGUAAUUAGCUUAUUUAUAUAAUUUUAUAUGUAUGUGUAUGUAUGUAUAGUAACAAAUCCACUACUAUGUGGUUUCAAAGGCUAAUCAUUCUAUGAA